UGAUCUGGAGCAGAGGAUGGGAACCACUGAAGCCACUUUACGCAUGGAGAACAUGGAGGUGAAAGAUGAGUGGCAAGACGAUGAUUUCCCACGGCCUCUUCCUGAAGACGGUGAUUUAGAUGGACUCACUGACAACACUGCUCACCGAGCCGCUCUGACUGCGGAUCACACGGAUUCGGGUCGACAGAAGCGCCGCACGCUCAUCGCUCCGGCCAUCAACCUGUCGCUGGAUAAAAGCGAAGGUUCGCUGCUUUCUGACGACUUCCUGGAAACCCCAGACGACCUAGACAUAAACGUGGACGACAUCGACACGCCUGACGACGACUCGCUCGGCUCCCUCAACAACACCAAUGAGCUGGAAUGGGAAGACGACACUCCGGUGGCCAGUGCGAAGGGUCCAGGCGGCGACGGAGACGAUGGUGCGUCUCGUCUGUGGAGGACAGUGCUCAUCGGUGAUCAGGAGCACAGGAUAGACAUGCAGGUCAUCAGGCCAUACCUGCGUGUCGUCACACAUGGAGGUUAUUACGGUGAAGGACUGAAUGCCAUCAUCGUGUUUGCUGCCUGCUAUCUGCCCGACAGCGGCUGCGCAGACUACAGUUACAUCAUGGAGAACCUCUUUCUGUAUGUGAUCAGUAGUUUGGAGCUGCUGGUAGCUGAAGAUUACAUGAUCAUCUACCUGAAUGGAGCCACGCCGCGCAGAAGGAUGCCGGGCAUCAGCUGGCUCAAGAGAUGCUACCAGAUGAUCCAAAGACGGUUAAGAAAGAAUCUCAAAUGUCUGAUCAUCGCACAUCCCUCUUGGUUCAUCCGGACAGUUCUGGCCAUCCUGCGGCCCUUUAUGAGUGUGAAAUUCAUGGAUAAGAUCCGUUACGUCCAGAGUUUGGAGGAGCUGGCUCAGAUCGUUCCCAUGGAGCAUGUGCAGAUUCCCCAGUGCGUGCUGCAAUGUGACGAGGAGCGAAAUAAAGCAAGGCUUGAACAACUGGCCAAGACAUCAGAGAGGCCGCCGUCCGUGGCUGCAGAGGCCUGUCCCUGACCCCGUCUCAUUGGGU